AUGACGCAGCCGCUAUUGAAAAGAGACAAGGCCUCCUGGACAGGUACUACUCGUAUCACUUACUUGAUACAUGCCUUCUCCAUAUCAGUACAUAGGAGAAUGGAGUUCAAAAUCGAAUGUUAUCACCAAUCCGAAUUGGACAAGCUCAGAGGUCAGCCCCAUUUCAGGGGUCUUACGCAGCUAGAGCCGGUGACAUUUGGCGGGAAUAUGACGUCAGAAGAGUUCGAUCUUCGACGCCGCCAUGGUGGUGGUGAGGAUCCUUAUGCAGGAAACGUCGACGAGAACGAUAACAAAAAGGGAGGGAGAAAGCUGUUCCCUCGUGGGAAAGCGCUGCUGGCUUGGCGGGAUGCUGGGCAGGAGCUUCCAGCUGCCGAUCUUUGCAGUACACAAUGCCUCGAUAGUGGGACAAAUUACGUCGGUGGUGGGACACAUGGGACUCAGCGACGGUACAUGCUGCAGGUUGAAGCUGGUACUGCCGAUCCUUCUGUCCCAGCGGUGAAUCUGCACCUUAUGUAUUUUGACGUGUCAGCUAUCAGCCACCACCACCACUGCACCUUCUUUCCCAUGGAAAGAGACAACAAUGCGUGUAGGGCUAAUACAGUAAAAUAG